AUGAAGACUCUGACUCUGCUGUUUGCCUGUGCUCUCCUCUCAGUCUGCUGGUCCAUGGGAGCAAUUGAACCAGAGGUUAUAGUGGAUCCAGCCGUGGACCCUGCAGCUGAAGACUCUGUAUCCCCUGCUGCAACAUCCUCUCCCUCCUCCUCUGCAUCGUCCUCUGAAUCCUCCUCUGCAUCAGACUCAAGCUCUGAUUCUUCUGCAUCCGACUCCUCAGCUGAUGACUCCUCUGCAUCUUCAUCCUCCUCUUCCUCUGAAUCUACAGAGUCUUCACAGUCUUCAGAGUCCUCAGAAUCGCAGUCCUCAGAGUCAUCUGAAUCAUCUGAAUCAUCGGAAUCCACAGAAUCUGCUUCCUCUGCCUCAAAUGCUGAUCCAAAUGCUGCUACAUCUCCACCAGAGUUACCCAGCACUGAUGCUCCUCAAGUUGUGAUGAAGAGGGACCUGGCUGCAGUCUUGCUCAGGAGAAGGAGAGCGGCCGGACCACUCAGUCCACUCCAGCUGGAGAGUCUGCGGGAGGUGUGUGAGUUAAAUGAUGCCUGUGAUGAAAUGGCUGAGACAGCAGGCAUCGUGGCUGCGUACACAGCUUACUAUGGACCAGUCCCUUUCUAA